CGCUGCUGCUCCAAGUGCCAAGUGCCAAAGAAACGGACUCAGCAGCAACAGCAACAGCAGCAACAACAGCAUCAGCAACAGCAACGACAGCAAGCGUAGCCAGAAACUGAAUUUCAAUCGGAGCCUAACUCAAAUCGUAUUUGAGUGUUAUUUCCAAAUUAUUUUGUUUAUUUUUUUUUGUACAAAUUUCCAAAUCAUUGCGUGCAUUUUUAAUUAUUUUUUUAAGUGUAUCGGAGUUAGACGAAAACCAAAACUCUAAAUAGAUUAAGCUGUUUACGAAACUGAGUUGGAAACCAAAGGCAGCUGUGCUAAGUCCAGCCAACAGCGGAACAUCAAUCCCUUGCCAAGCCAGCACCUUUCACAACAACAAAAACAGCAACAACAACAACAGCAACAGCAACAAAAUGCGUGGCCGUCACUUGCGCCGACGUUUCAGCCUGCAGCCCUCGUUCAUGAAGGAUGACAGUGCCGAGGAUAAGCCCAAGCGUGACAAAGUGGGCCGAAAUAAUGCUGUGGACGAUGCCAUUGGACCGGCAAAUGCACGUCAUAAAAUUGUGGUCAUGGGCGCGGCCAAAGUGGGAAAAACUUCGAUAAUCACACAAUUUCUGUAUAACACAUUCACCACGAAAUAUAAAAGGACCAUCGAGGAAAUGCAUCAGGGAAACUUUUCAAUUGCGGGCGUCAGCCUAACGCUGGACAUACUCGAUACGGCCGGCUCCUAUGAGUUCCCAGCAAUGCGCGCUCUAUCCAUAUCAUCGGCAGACGCUUUCAUCCUGGUCUACGAUGUCACCGAUGCGUCCACGUUCGAGGAGGUGCGGGCCAUACGAGAUCAAAUACAUGAGACAAAGGCAACCACAGCGGUGCCAAUUGUGGUUGUUGGCAAUAAGGUGGACCUGCUGGCCGAGGAUGGAGAACUGCGCGAGGUGGAGUAUGCGACUACCGAGUCGGUGGUGACUGUCGAUUGGGAGAAUGGCUUUGUGGAGGCGUCGGCAGCCAACAAUGACAACAUCACACAGGUAUUCAAGGAGCUGUUGGCCCAGGCCAAGAUUACGUACAACCUGAGUCCGGCGCUGCGUCGCCGCCGGCAGUCGCUACCGCAACAAAUUGGCAACAAUGGGCCUGGUACACCGCUGCACCACCAGCACCACCAUCAUCACCAUCAGCAGCAGCAACCGCAUCAAGCGUCAUCGCACGGUUCCGGCUCCGGUUCGGCCUCCACAUCGUCGGGCGCCGCCGGUGGGGCACACGGCUCGCAUACGCCAACGCCCGCUCAGCUACAGCAUCUGCAGCGCAUACAGGAGCGGAGCCUGGGCGCCAAGCGCAACUCCUGCACCAUUUCCUAAGCCAAUUUGGCAUUUAACUAUGUAACUGAAACUGAACAAACGGUCUCCUACAAAUGGUUUUCAAUGUUUCACAAAUAAUAAACGUUUUACAAUUUAUGUAUUUACGAUCUUAUGUAUUCACAACUCAAGUGUACCUCUUGCUACUAACUUUAGUACCUAUCUCGAGCAAGUUUUUUCGCUCAAACUAAUACACACACGCCAGCCCUGUCUCGCCCUCUCUCUCCCUCUCUCUCUCUCUCUGUCUCUAUCUCUCUCUUGCUCAUUUCUAGCAGAAGCUCUAACUUACUACAAGAUUCAC